UUAAGAUGCAACUCCAAUUUGAAAUUUAUCCAAAUAAAAACAUCGAAAUUUCAGUAACAUGAUGCACAGUAAUACAAACUGUUGAUGGCCGGCUUGCUAGUAGAAAGAAACUAUUCCUCUUCGGCGCUGGUACUAUAAAAUCUUAAUUAAUACAGUGGGAGCAUGUUGGAAAUAAAAAAAUAAUGAAUCGAAAAAGGGCCCAAAUAGAAGCAAAAUGGAGAUAAAAAACUGCCACAUAACCGGGGUUUCGCAACAAUGCGUAAACUCUCAGAAAGCAACCAGGAAACUGUAGAUACGACUAAAAUUUCAAGUUGGGGUGCCCCAAAUCACCAAAUUCAGCUACCCAAAUGCCCAGGAUAUUCGAAAUUGAAUGUUGCUAUUUAUCAAAUUUAGGUACUCAGUACCCAGAUUAUCCACAAGCAUAUGUGCGGGUUUACCAAAGUACUAAUUUUAGGUACCCAGCUGAAAGUCCAUUAAUUAUCCCACUCGCUAUUGAGUAACAUCUGACAGUCCUGAAGAUCUUCUGUCAAUUAAUUGGAAAAAAUUGUGCUAAAAUCGGUGUGGAAUGCACUCUGGCAGUAAUAACAGUAUUAGUCAAAAGAAUAGUAGUACUGAAAAACGGAGGAAGAUCAAACAAGAAUCAGCAAUGGCAUCCACUGUCACCAUGACCGGCACUGACAAGGCACCGAGCUCUGAUGACAACUGUUUGAUUUUUUCUGUGAAAGACAUUAGUCGGUACCCUCUACCUGGCUGUUUUGAACCUUCUUCUAUCGCCUUCAGCCCCGAUGACAAGCUCAUAUCUUAUCUCUACAGUCCUGACAACACCUUGAAUAGAAAUAUCUUUGUCUUUGAUCCUGCCAGUGGGAAGCAGCAGACGCUUUUGAGCCUCCCUGGCGGAGGACUUGAUGAGAGCGUCUUAUCUAAUGAAGAGAAGCUGUGGAGGGAGAGGCUGAGGGAGCGUGGACUAGGUAUUACCUGCUAUGAAUGGGUCAAGCAUAGUCAGUCUCCUCGCAUUAUGGUUCCUCUGCCAAAUGGGAUAUAUUUCCUAGAUGCUCCAAGUUAUGAACUUCGGUUGAGAUUGCCAAGCAUGCUAUGGUCUCCAAUCAUCAAUCCUCAGCUCUCCCCUGAUGGCACCAUGAUAGCUUUUGUAAGAGAUGACGAGAUUUGUGUUAUGUCUGUAUCUCAUGGGAAGCCAAAGCAAAUAACUAAUGGUGCAAAAGGAAAUCAGAAGACACAUGGUCUGGCUGAAUAUAUAGCACAGGAAGAGAUGGAAAGGGAAAAUGGAUUUUGGUGGUCAGCAGAUAGUAGCUAUAUAGCAUUUACACAGGUGGAUACCAAUGAGAUACCUAUUUUUCGAAUCCUGCACCAGGGCAAAGCUACAAUUGGUGCUAAUGCACAAGAAGACCAUCACUAUCCCUUUGCAGGAAAUGCAAAUGCUAAGGUACGUCUUGGUGUUACUCCUGUAUUUGGGGGAGGAAUCACUUGGAUGGAUCUGACCUGUGGAAUAAAAGGAAAAGGUAAUGAUGACGAGGAAUAUCUGGCCAGGGUUUCAUGGAUACCAGAAAAUGUACUUAUUGCUCAAGUCUUGAACAGGGCACAUUCCAAGCUGAAGCUCCUUAAGUUUGAUAUAAGAAGUGGUAGACGGGAAGUUUUAUUGGUGGAGGAAGAUAAUAUUUGGAUAAAUAUACAUGAUUGCUUUGCUCCCUUGAAAAAAGGUAUAGAUAUGUUUGCAGGGGCCUUCAUUUGGGCCAGUGAGAGAUCUGGGUUCAGACAUUUGUAUCUGUAUGAUCGAACUGGCACUUUCUUGGGCCCUAUCACAGAAGGUGAUUGGAUGGUUGAUCAACUAAUAGGUGUAAAUGAACAUACAGGUCUUGUAUAUUUUACGGGAACUGUGGAUAGUCCACUGGAGACCAAUUUGUACAGCACAAUACUCUUUCCGGAUUGGAGAUUUCCUCUGCAAAAGCCAAGGAGGCUGACUCAAGGGAGAGGGGUUCAUGUGGUGAUUCUGGAUCAUCAGAUGAAGAGAUUUAUUGACAUUCAUCAUUCUCUAAGUAGUCCACCCAGGGUCUGGCUUUGCUCUUUAGAAGAUGGUAGUUUAUUAAUGCCCUUAUAUGAACAACCUGUCCCAACACCUCACACAAGAAGAUUGCAACUUUCACCACCAGAUCUAGUUCAGAUAUCAGCAGGUGAUGGUACCAUACUGUAUGGAGCUCUAUACAAACCAGACAUUAAUCGGUUUGGGCCACCUCCAUACAGGACUAUGAUCUCUGUAUAUGGGGGACCCAAUGUUCAAACUGUUUACAAUUCAUGGACAAAUACAGUUGAUAUGAGGGCACAAUAUUUACGCAGCAAGGGAAUCUUAGUUUGGAAGCUUGACAAUCGGGGAAGUGCACGACGAGGGUUGAAGUUUGAAGGUGCAUUGAAGUACAAUUUGGGACUUAUUGAUGUCGAGGAUCAAGAAACAGGAGCAAAGUGGUUAAUUGAGCAGGGCCUAGCAAAACCUGGUAGAAUAGGACUUUAUGGAUGGAGUUAUGGGGGUUACAUGGCAGCUAUGGCAAUAGGUCGCUGUCCUGAAACUUUUAAGUGUGCUGUAGCUGGUGCACCUGUGACAGCAUGGGAUGCAUAUGACACCUUUUACACUGAAAAAUACAUGGGCCUGCCUUCAAAUAAUCCUGCAGGUUAUGAAUACAGCUCUGUAAUGCAUCAUGUGCAUGGAAUCAAAGGGAAGUUGCUGCUUGUACAUGGUAUGAUUGAUGAGAAUGUGCACUUCAGGCAUACAGCAAGGCUAGUUAAUGCGUUAACAGCAGCUGGAAAAACAUAUGAACUUCUGUUGUUCCCAGAUGAGAGGCACACAGUUCGGCAAUAUCGCAUGUACAUGGAAGAGAGAAUAUGGGAAUUUAUUGACAGGAACUUAUAAUUCCAUCCCAAAUAAGACUUUUAGUGUAUCACCAAUGCAAUAAUUUGGUUCUUUCUGGAAGCUUCUCUGUUAUUUUAUUCAAAUGUGCAGUGGAUUUGUGUUUUGGGGUUUAUACAGAACUUUUUUCCAAUAUAUCACCUUCUUCAAACAUAGGGCCCAUUUGAAACUGACUUCUUUCCAAACCAAGGUGACUUGUUGAGGAAAUUUUAUGAUUCCUUAUGGCCAGACUUUGCUAGUCUUCCUGCUGGUUUGUGUAAAAUAGUGCAUUGUGGUUUCCUUGGGUAAGAUUGAUGAUUUUCAUUAAGAGGGUUCCGGAGAUUAUAUAAUCUCUGUAUAGUGUGGCGGACAAAAGGGAACCUUGAUAGUACCUGCACUCACACUGGCUCUAAAUAGUGGCCAUUUGUCAUCCUUCGAUGUAACAUGGUUCGUUGUUUCAUUUCUUUGCGAAGGUGGAUUUGAAAUUUGGAUCAACUUGCAGUAUUAUGAUGGCACUUCAUCAUCAUAUUAUGUACAACUGAUCAAGCUAUGUGAUAAUUUAUUGCAUCUUAUGCUCUACAACUUCAACUGUGUCCACACUCGUCAACAAUCCUGUCCUUGUGGCACCUGUAAGAAAAUGAGGUAAUGGAGAAUAUGAAUCAACAAAAGGAAAUCUCUUGCUCUUCUUGUAUCUGUCAAGCCAUUCCUUUUCUUCUUCACUUGUAUAUCUAUGUAUACUGGUUAUUUAUUGGACAACAGACUAUAUAGUUAAGCCUUCGUUGAUAAAUUCAAUCUCUCCAAUCCUUGUAUAAAAUUUUGCAAAUUCUUGAAUUGUAUAAUCUCAUUUUA